AUGCCUACAAGAAAUACUUCUAAAAGUGAGAAUGAAACACUAAGUAGAUCCCAAAAUUUGACAGAGAGCUUGCAGAGUGUAACUCCAGUGAAGAAAGCCACAUUCCCAACAACAGCCAGAAUCAGUUUGGAGACUGCAGGAAAGUCGUUCACAGCAAAAGGCGACUCUUCGUCGCCUGUUCUCUCUCACCUGGCCAGUCCCAGUCCAGCAUCUCAAACAGAUGUUGAUGCUUCUGCAAACACUAAAAUCGAGGAAGAGGAUCUUCUAACGGGUUUGAAAGAUACACUAAAUAGCUCACCACCCAUCAUAAAAGAAACUAUGGAGUCAGAUGGAGGAGAUGACUAUAGCCCUUACGAAAUGACACCUAAUUCCAGAUACAACCCAGACCUUCUGGAGAUGCCAGAAGAUGAUGACUCUGACACCAUCAGUAAUUACAACGAGGAGAUCAAGACACUUGAUGAGAAGAUAAAAAGUGUUUCUGUCUCAGGGUUGGAAGAAGAAGAAGACAGCCAUUUCUUUUUUCAUCUGGUCAUAGUUGCCUUCUUAGUAGCUGUUGUUUAUGUCACCUAUCACAACAAGAGGAAGAUCUUCUUGCUGGUGCAGAGCCGAAGGUGGAGGGAUGGUCUGUGCUCUAGGACAGUGGAGUAUCAUCGUUUAGAUCAAAACGUUAACGAAGCGAUGCCUUCCCUGAAAAUAACGAAUGACUAUGUAUUUUGAAAGCACUGUGAUUUGAGUUUGCUGAACUUAUCACUCUUUGCCUGCCCAGUCAUGUAAUGAUAUUCAGGUAUUCUAAAUAAGCUGCUUGUACGGAAAUGAGAUGUACUCUCUUUGACCUGGAUGUUUUGGAGAAUAAAUCUCAUGAAAGAUCCAAGGGCAUGAUACAUCUGUUUGCUACUUUGGUCAGGUUUUAUAUCAACUGUAAAGAUACAGAGUUUAAUAAUUAGUGCUCUUUCCAUUCAUUAAGCAUCAUCCCUUCUGUCUGGAGCAGUCUUAAUACUUGUAUUAGGAAAAUAUAAGCAUAAAAUAUUUUAGGUCUAAUAAAUUAAUGACUUUGGCAUCACUAAAUCAAAUUAAUCUCUUUGCUAAUCACUUAUAUGGUUCAUAAGUUGCACUAUAUUGCAAACUUAAAAUAUAAUUAUUUUAUCGAUGCUUAAAUCCUGAUGCUGCAAGUCUUUCAUCUUGUUUUUUUUCUGAUUCUGUUUU